AUGCAUCUGAAGCUCUUUUGUACGUUCGUGUGCGUUGGCCUCGCACACUCGUUACGUGUUGGUGCGGGUAUUGCUGACGUCACGGGCCCACCUGCAGAAAUUGGUUUUAUGGGUUACGCGCACUUCGAGCAGGUCGGGCAUGGACUACAUUUACGUCAGUUCUCGCGAGCGUUUGUGCUGGAGGAUGAAGAGAACCAUCGCUUCGUGUUCGUCUCCGUGGAUGCAGCUAUGAUGGGACAUGGUGUACGACGAGAGGUGUUGAAACGCCUGCAAAAGCGUUACGGUAACGUGUACAGUGAGAAGAAUGUGAUCAUAAGCGGGACUCACACGCACUCCACUCCAGGUGGCUUCCUUCUGGAUUUCCUCUUCGAUUUGUCUAUCCUUGGCUUCGUGAAAGAGACAUAUGCCGCCUAUAUAACUGGUAUACUCAAGAGUAUAAUAAUAGCACACAAUAAAUUGACAUCAGCUAGAAUGGAAUACGGUGAGGCGGAACUGCUGGAUGCCAACAUCAAUCGCUCACCUUCAUCAUACCUUCGAAAUCCACCCGAAGAAAGGGCAAAGUACGAUUACGACGUGGAUAAAAGGUUAGCUCAGAUCCGCUUCCUCACACCGAGUAAUGAUAUCCUCGGGGUGAUUAACUGGUUCGCAGUUCACCCCACAAGCAUGAAUAACACCAACAAGCUGAUAUCAUCAGAUAAUGUCGGAUAUGCGUCGAUCCUUAUGGAGAAAGCUCUGAACGGCAAUGAAACUUUGCCAGGCAAGGGUCGUAUAGUGUGUGCGUUCGCGUCUACCAAUUUGGGCGACGUCUCUCCAAACACCCGAGGCCCUAAAUGUGAAUUUUCUGGUCUUCCGUGCGAUCAGGAGAAGUUGUUGUGUAAGGGGCAUAAAGAGAGAUGCUUCGCUUCCGGCCCAGGGAGAGAUAUGUUUGAGAGCACCAAGAUUAUCGCCACGAAGCUCUUUGACACGGCUAUGAAAGUUCUCCGUCAACCCGGCGAAGACUUAACUGGACCGAUAGGUGUGGUUCAUCAAUUCGUGGAUAUGCCCAAGCAAGUCGUAUCUCCCUAUGAUCCGAUUGCACAGACUUUUAAUGCGAGUGAAAAGGUAUCAGGUUGCAUACCCUCUAUGGGGUAUAGUUUCGCGGCAGGGACCACAGAUGGCCCCGGUGCCUUCGAUUUCAAGCAAGGAACAACUUCGUCUAACCCCCUUUGGAACGCCGUACGGGACUUCCUCGCUGAGCCCACGCAAGAAGACAUUGCCUGUCACGCGCCGAAGCCCAUAUUAUUGGCCACUGGGAGGAUGAAGUUCCCAUACGAAUGGCAACCUCGCGUUGUAUCGUGUACAGUGGCCCGAGUUGGGGGCUUAGUAAUCGCGGCCGUGCCUGGUGAGUUCACUACGAUGUCUGGUCGGCGCUUGCGCAGCGUGGUCCAAAAGGCGUCAAAUGCUAAACGGGUCGUUUUGGCUGGAUUAUCGAAUAUCUAUUCGGAUUAUGUUGCUACGCCUGAAGAGUAUCAGGCUCAGAGAUACGAAGCUGCGUCGACAAUCUUCGGCCCUCACACCCUCGACAUUUAUCUCAACAAGUAUGUUGAACUCACCGACGCACUAAUUAAGGGUACACCAGUGGAAAACGGCCCAGAGCCUCCAGAUUUCAGCGAACAGUUGAUCACCCUCGUCCCACCGGUGCUGUGGGAUGCCGCCCCUUGGGGUCACGAGUUCGGAGAUUGUGUGGAACAGCCCCAGCAUUCCUACAGCUGGAUGGAUACCGUUACCACUAAAUUUGUAUCAGGUCAUCCGCGUAAUAGCAUUCGUCACGGGCGCUGGUACUCCACGGUCGAGAGGCUGGAGUCGGAGCAGGAUGACGCCUGGAGCGUUGUGGCCACCGAUGCCGAUUGGGAGACCAAAUUCACAUGGAUCCGUAACUCAAAAAUCCUGGGGACCAGCCACGCUCAGAUAGACUGGGAGAUCCCCGAAGGGACCCCACGCGUCACAUAA